CCCAUCCCCUCAGCUCCCUCCCCGGUCAGAGGGACAGAGCGAGAGAAGAUGGCGAAGACGUACGAUUAUCUCUUCAAGCUGUUGCUGAUCGGAGACUCAGGGGUAGGCAAGACUUGCCUCCUGUUUCGCUUUUCCGAGGACGCUUUCAACACCACCUUCAUCUCCACCAUCGGAAUUGACUUUAAAAUAAGAACAAUAGAGCUGGAUGGAAAGAAAAUCAAACUGCAAAUAUGGGACACAGCUGGCCAGGAAAGAUUCCGAACAAUCACAACAGCAUAUUACAGAGGAGCCAUGGGAAUUAUGCUGGUAUAUGACAUCACUAAUGAAAAAUCUUUUGAAAAUAUUAAAAACUGGAUAAGAAACAUUGAAGAGCAUGCCUCUUCAGAUGUUGAAAGAAUGAUCCUGGGCAACAAAAGUGAUAUGAAUGACAAAAGACAAGUAUCAAAAGAAAGAGGAGAAAAGUUAGCAAUUGAUUAUGGAAUUAAAUUCCUUGAGACAAGUGCAAAAUCCAGUAUAAAUGUAGAAGAGGCAUUUUUUACACUUGCACGGGAUAUAAUGACAAAACUCAACAGAAAAAUGAAUGACAGCAAUUCACCAGGGGCAGGAGGACCACUGAAAAUAACAGAGAGUAGAUCAAAGAAGAGCAGUUUCUUCCGAUGUACGCUUCUUUGAUAAACUCUUAAUAAUGGACUGCAGCACAGCUAGAAGAACUUUUCCUGCUUUUCCGAAAGCACAGGGUCCCAUAGCCCCAGAGACACAAUAGCACCAAGCUGCCACUGAGAGCUCCAUGGAACUCAGACUUCUUUAAACAAAAUACAACAUGGAUUUUGGCCAUGUGAUCUUUCAGCAGGUCAGGCUCCUCUUCUCAAACAUGGAAGCAGUGAAGUGGAGACACACACAGGAGUUAACUUUUUGUUUGUUUUCUCGCCUGUUGCAAAAGCUGCUAUCUUUCUUUUAACUUUGCACAUCAGUGUUAGUCCUUGCCUGUUACAGCACAAUCGUACACUUGUAUUUGCACAGUUUUGUCUUGUGAGGUUCUUAACAGAUUUGUCCAUUUUCUGGGAAGUUUACAAAAGAGAAAUUUUUAAAUUUACACAAAUUCAGAGCCUUCAUCUGGUUCUUAGGAACAUGUGUAAUUUGUUGUAUGUUCAUUGAAAAGCUCCAGUCUUAUGUAAAUUUCUUAAAAAGAAAAGUUAAAUGCUAAUAAGGUUUUUUAAAAUUCAAGAAAAUGCACCUGUCUGUACAGAGGCUAGAAUUUCUUCCUUUCUUUGGGAAUGUAGGGCUUUGCUUCACUCUUGUCUAUUUGACCACACAGAUAUUGGGAGUAGCUAAGACUAUAAUUUUCUAAAUUGAAAUCCUUUCUUCUUAGUUUUUAAAAACUGUUCUAAAUCACUUUUACUUGACUAUUCUAAAAAUAUUUGAUGCAGUGUGGUGUAAUGAAAGAAAGUUCAGCCUCAGAGUUCUGAAGACCUAAGCUCAAGUCCUGUGGGACUUAUAUGGGACUGUGAGCCUGCAAGCAAUCACUUUACCUCCUAGUCAGUGCCCCAGGUUACAGACAAAUUGCUAAUCCUUUUUUUUCGGGGGGGGGGGGGAGAGGGGGGGGAGUUUCUCCUGCAAGAGCUCUCUACAGGUAACCACACCUGACUCCACCCCAGUAAACUUUCCUUUUUCCCCCAGUUUUUUUUUAGCCUCUUCUUCCCUUCUCCCUUGUCUUAUUUCUUCACUUUCUAUCCAAUACUUUUUAACUUCCAAAUGUGAGAUUUUCUUAAAAAUUGAGACCUCAAAAUUUUUUUUUAUAUACAGUGGUAUGGCUGGAUUUUUUUUUUUAGUGGCUUAUGGAAGCUCCUCCAUAAUACUAUACUCGAAAUCUUCUUCUUGGAUUUGCAGCCCCUUUGCUUUUUUGGUAUUUCCUUUAUAUUAACUAUUUAUAGCAUAAACUCUGACCAGGGUUAGCAGGAAUUCCUUUUAGCUUGCAGAAAGCUUACUUGUAUAACGAGAGCAACCUGAGUAGAUAAUGUAACUUUGGGAAAUUUUAGGGAGUUGGAUUUUUAAAACACAUAUGUAUAACUGGACUUAGUAAAGCCUCUAGUAAAUAAUGCCCUUUCAAUCAAGAAAACAGCUAUUUUCAUCUGAUCAUGCCCUAAGUUAAUAAAUAUAAAGGUUGAUGGUGUUAUUCAGGGCAAAGCCAACCAGAAGCUUUCCUUUCUCACUGAACACUGAUUCCUGGUAUAUUCCGCAGAUUUUUUUAAAGGAAAAAAAAACCUUCAUGGAGCAGAAAUAAGAGAAAUUAGUGGUUAUUAAGGUGCCAAAUUCAGGUCAGCGCUAACCCAACAAUGAUGAGUGUUGUAACAUAGAAAGGAAUGAUAAAAGGAUGAAUAGGUGAAAUAUAUCUUUGUUAGUAAAUUGUUUCUUUGUAUACUUAUUCUGCUUUACUACAGUCACUAUCAUAAUUGAUGGGUAAUAGGAAAAAAAUGAAUUGGCUGUCACUACAGAGAAUUUUGUUUCAAAUAAGAUUUGUCAUUAGGAUGCUUGGACUGGAUUACCUUUCUCCAUGUUUCAAAACUUAUACACAUUUCAUCAGCAGUAAAUAUGCAGUAAAUAUUUCUGAUUGAUGUUAAGAUCUUACUACUAAAAAUCUCCAGUGUCAUAGGACUCUGUAGUCACCUGUAUAGAGUUGAUGGUUUAGGUGUUAUAGAUGAAACACUGCUCCAUAUUGCUGUUUCUCAUAUAAAAAUUAACUUGAUUAUAAAUCACUAUCUGUUAUUCAGAUGGAUUUUUUUUAAAGAAAAAAAAUCAUGUUCAAAAACAUCCCUCAUCAUUUUGUGUGUAUACCUAACCCUUUUCUAGAAAAGGGUCAAGUCAUUAAGUUUUCUGUAAGGUAGUAAAGUGCUUUCUAUAAAGGCAAGUGUUAUGACACCAUUUAUGAAUGUAAUUAUCUUUCAGUAAUUUACCUCUGACUAUUUGGUGUCUUAAUACUGAUUUUUAUCUCAGGGGUUGUCUGCAAACCAAAACUGACAUAUUCUAUGGUUAGCAAUGUUGUUGGUUUGUUUUUAAUAGAAUGCUUUGCCUUUGUUCCAUUUUCUCUCUGGUUUUGUCCUGUAUAUGUUAAUGCCUAGUCUCCAUGAAUUUUCCUCUGAAAGAGCCUGUGAAAGUUAUGAGUCUAAAAUUUUAGCUUUUUGAAGUAGCAGCCAUUUGGGGUAUUUGCUCUGUUGUAUAAAAAUAAGAUGUCUUUGCUAUUUUCUUACAUUUAGCCAUGCUAAAUUGUAUAUAAAUUUGAAGUGAGACAAUAGGAAAUUUCACUUUAUGCAUGGUAAAAUGAUCCAGUAAAUAUUUCAUUUUGCUUAAUAAUGUUCAUAUAAUACAUUAUUUUUUUUCUAUUUGUAGAAGGAUUUAAUAACAGACAAUUUUGUCUGUUCCCUGCUGAAACUGAAGAAUUCUAGUUUCAUGUGAACAUUUUUUUGGUCUUAUAAAUAAAGUAAAAUACAGAUAUUUGCAGCAGUAUUAAGUGGUUCAGUGGCUGCACUUUAUUAUCAGUGUGCUAAUUUUUUAUACUGGUUGGUGUAGACCUUUUCAAAUACAGUCUGAGAGAGUCAGACAAUGAAAAAAAUGUGCUGUAUCUGAGUAGCAUGUAAAUCAUUGAUUGUACAUUUCGCUGGGAACCUAUUUUAGCUAUAUUUUACUUUAGAAAAACAUAACGAUAAAUGAUAUGUUUUACCUGUGCAUCAGUUCAUAGGUGCUGCAGGUUUUCUUACUAUCCAUAUGAACAUUUUGUGCAGUCUUUGUAACCUUUCAGAAGACUAUUAUCUUUACUUUGAAGGACUUUUAAAAACUAUACCUCAGUUUGAAAACUAGUAUUCUAAUAUGUAGUAGAACAAAGGUGAGCCAGCUGUUAUACAUUUUACAAAAUAGUAGAUUUAUGUUUUGUCUCGAAUUAAAGGCAUCACUAGUUUUUAGUGGACAUUUAAGGGUUUAGACUAGAACCUGUUAAGUCCAAUAAUGCAAAAAACAAUUAUUCCAUCUCUUUUUAAAAGUGUAGCUGUGCAAUAUAGGUAAACUUCUGCAAAAGUUCCUCCAAGAUUACAGCUUAAAUUUUCAGGUCCUCAAUGGUAAUUAUCUCUGUUGUGGCUAAUAAAGCUUUGAACUUAUGAUCAACAAAUGAAACAUUUAUUCAGAUUUUUUUCCUUCUUUCUUUUUCUUUGUAUUUUCUUUUAUUCAUGACCAAGACUGUUUUAUAUAUAAAUUUACUACUUAGCCUUUGAAAAUGAUCUUUCAAUCUUAAUAUUAAAACCGUGUUUGGUUUACUUAUGUAAAAUUUAGGUCAUUUAUUUCUAGUUGACUUUGCAAAUGUCUCUUUUUAGAAAGAGCAUUUCCUCUUCUUUUUUGCACCAUCUGAAAGAAAAGGGAUGCCUCAAACAUGUGACCUACAGGAACAGGAUGUUAGUGAAAAUCAUAUUCUACAACUAGCAGUUUUACAGUAGAAUUAAAAUUUUUUUAGGCUAAUAAAACUGAUGUUUCUUGUUCACUAUGAAAACUUAUCUUUAAUCUGACUUUCAUUUACUGAAAUGUGCAGAUAUAAAGCUCAAGAAAGAAUUAUUUGUAGUUAUUUUCAGAUCACUUCAUCUCUUAUGCUUGUGCCACAUCUGAUUGCAUUUAAUUAUGCCAAGAAAUAACAUAAUUUACAUUUAAUUGUCUUAGUUUCCACUGAAUUUAAUUAUUACAGUGCAUUCCUAUGGCCUUACAAAUGGGUGGUUUUUGUUCAUUUGCAACUGACACUGCUGAAAUAGGACUCCAACUUCUUUAAUGCAAUAUAUAAUUUAAGUAUCUGACUAAAAAACAAAACCCUAAAAGAAAAGGCUUAGUUUUUCAGUAGAUUUGCCCUACCCUUUGUGUGUUUAAGCACAUUUUAUCUCUGCUCCAGAAGCUUAAUGUGAAAAGCUCCUGCAGAUAAAUGGAUUUGUUAUGUGGUUAAAUUUGUUUGAAUCUAAUCAUUAACUGUGUACUGAUACUGAUGCUGUGUUCAAAAGAAAAAAAAAGAAUUUUAUUCCAUGUCAACUUUUUUUACAACAAUGUGUCUAAAAUAAAGACUACAUAAUUAUGAAAUACUUUCCAUUUCAUAAUGUUGUUUGAAAUUUCCUUCUAUCUACCAAGAAUGGAAACAAAUCUUAGCUGACAUGUGACUGUAUUCUCAGCAAAAGUGAUGAGACACAAUGCACAAGCUGCUCAUUGCAAUGGAGUUGUCUCCUAACCAGAUUUCUGACUGUUUUGAAAUAGCAAAGAAAGAUGAGUGUUAAUACAACUGCACAGAGAAUCAAAUACUUGAAGCCCAUAAAGAUGAACAGGGAAGCCAUAAAGAAGAUGGGUUUUCUUUUUAGUCUGAUGGACAGAAUAAAGUAAACAUUUUCUGAAAUGUAAAUUAUAACUUUUUUCCUUUGUAAGGCAAGGUUUAAGUAAUGGGAUGAUUAUCUAAAGAUCAUUUUUUAUAUGGGUAGGGCAUGUUAUGUGAGUCAAAUAAAAAACCAAAAAUUUGGAUUCACAAAUAUUAGAUUACAAGGAAAAAAGAAAAAAGAUAGCAAAGAAUAAAGUCUGGGAAAAGCAGGUCAAAAAAUUAAAUUUUAAUUAAAUUUUUUUCAAAUGUGAGGGAGAAAAGGUUAUUCCUUUUAUAUGAUUAAUUCAUGAAACUUACCUAUAGACUUGGAUUAUUUACUUUUGGAUAGUGCUGAAAAGUUGAAAGGCAGAAAAAGUG